AUGUCAAGCUCAUCCAUCUUAGACUUCUCCAAAGAAAACUAUUGGUCACAAGUUCUUAAGGACAAACUUGAUGGACAGCUUACACCAUCAAUAACGAGACUAAAUUUGUCUUCAUGUCACAUUGAUGGCGAUUGUUGUGCAAUUUUACAAGAAUUUCUUCAGUCUCCUGAUUGCCAUUUGUUAUCAUUAGACGUUUCAAGUACUAGAAUGGCUGUUUCUGAGGCUAGUAUGCUCUUUACUUCAAUUGCUAAGACAACAAUCAUAGAAUUUUAUGCGGAUGACUUGAUAUUAAAGGAAGAAUCCAUACAGAAAUUAGCUGAAACUCUCUCUUCUGACUCAAAUAUUGAAGUUUUGAGUUUAUGUGGAUGUGAUUUGAACCAAAGAUCGAUUGCAACGCUUGCUACAGCACUCCCUUACGCUAAAAACCUCAAAUAUUUACGUCUUGAAAGCAAUUCGAUGUACUCUGAUGGAGCAAUAGCAUUAGAAAAAGUUUUACCGAAAACCAACCUCAUUUCUCUUGAAAUUGCUGAUAAUAUGAUAUGGAAUGAUGGCACUGAUGCCAUUCUUAGUGCUAUUUCGCAAGGAACUCAAAUUCAAUAUCUGGAUAUUUCGUAUAAUGUACUUAAUAUUCCAUCACUUCUUUCAUGUCUUACUCCUUUCAGCAGCCUGAAGAGCUUAGCUAUCAGUGGCUGCAAGGUCGAACAGCAACACGUUCAAAAUUUGAUCGAACAUCUCGGAAAGUCACAUUUAGAGACAUUUAUUAUGGAUGGCCUUGAUUUUAAUUACUUACCGAUUACAUGGCCUAAAGUUACAGACAGUUUCUUUUCAAAUGAUCAACUUUUUAAUUUAUUUGAAAAUUCGUUACUCGAAUCACAGACAUUAACAGACGUACGUAUCGGAUUCCUAUCUACCAUGCAAAUUGGCCGUCUAAUGAACAGCCUUUCCAAGCUGAAACGCAAAAUUACGAUUACAUUACAAGAUUUCUACAGAACGAACGAUUUUUACGUUCUCCAUUUCCCCGAUUUCUACAUUGAAGGCUGCGAUGAGCUCCUUGCCGUCACUUGUGAUAUAGAUAACUGCACUUCUGACGUUUUUGGCCAAAUUGUUAAAAAUGUCAAAACUCCAAACGGCCAAAUCUCCAAACUCGAGAUCACAAUGGAACAACAGAGCGAUAGCAAAGGUCUUGAGCUUGCUUUAUCAUCACUUUCACAGACAAAUGUUGAAAAAUUAGUUGUUGAUCUUAAAAGUUACUCUAAAUUCACAAUUGACGGCCUCAAGACAGCCAUUUCUAAUGGAGCCAAGUUCACCGAGAUAACUCUUCACGGUUCUAGGUUUUCAAACGAAAUCUUCCAAGAUUUCUUUGACUUUCUUAAUAACACUAAAAACAACGUUGUCAACAUCACCAUUGGACUUGAUUCGAACGACUGUGCUGAAGACAUGCUUCACAGUUGCAUGGACAGUGCAUUGAAGUUCUUCAAGAAACAGAUCAGAGAGUUUUACUUGGAAGGAGACAUUACUCCUGCCGAUGCUCUCUAUGUCUGCGCUUCUCUGUAUGACAACAAGGAGAUAAGGAUAAUAGACAUCAAUUCCUCAAAUAUACAGGCAUACAAGAGUCCUGAUCCACAACUGAAACAGUCAACAAUUGACAUCUUCUUGAGAUUGGCCGAAUUACUUGAAAAAAUUACAAAACAAGAAUCAAGUUUGCACACGUUCAACUAUCCUCUGUUUACUGAUAUUUAUGUUGACAACGACCAAAUAUUGCCUAAAUGGCUCUCGGCAAGAAAGAAGAUACAGGAAAGACACGAAAGUGUCCAAGAAUAA